UCACCCUGUAGACUGUUUCUGUUUAGCUCUGACAAAAUGGUCAAGCUGACCCUGAAGAGGCUGUCAGCUGAGGAUGAGUACCCAGAUCUCAGUCAGCACAACAACUACAUGGCCAAGGUUUUAACCCAGGACAUGUACAAGAAACUGAGAGAGAGGGCUACACCCAGCGGCUUCACCAUAGAUGGUGUCAUUCAGACAGGGGUUGACAAUCCUGGCCACCCCUUCAUUAUGACUGUGGGCUGUGUUGCUGGGGAUGAGGAGACAUACGAAGUCUUCAAAGACCUGUUGGACCCUGUGAUCGAGGACCGACAUGGAGGAUACAAACCCACAGACAAGCACAAGACUGACCUCAACUCAGGCAACCUGAAGGGUGGUGAUGAUCUCGAUCCCAACUACGUGCUCAGCUCCAGGGUCCGAACAGGCCGCAGCAUCCGCGGCUUCAGUCUGCCACCACACUGCAGCAGAGGAGAGAGA